AUGUUGCCCAUCCAGCCGCGUGAAUCUCCUAGUACAGACAUAUCGCUGUUAGAUUCCAAUUCGGAAUUCGAAUUUUGUGUCAGUGGUAGCUUUGAUUAUGAGUCCUCUUCUGCUGACGAGCUCUUCUUCAAUGGCGUCAUCGUUCCCACUCAGAAUCAGCAGAAAUUUCUGCAAAUUAAACGAACCCAUCAACGUGAGAAUGCGCCAUGUUUACCUUCCUCACUCCCUCCUCUUCCUCCUGCUGUAGCCAUUGAGAAUUUCAAGAAAGUGAACACAGAGGAACCAAUUCAUGUCAAGAACUCUGAUUCUGAGAAGAAAAAUCGGUCCAAAUCUUUCUGGGGUUUCCGAAGAAGUAACAGUGUUACUUAUGACAAUAGUAAGAGUUCAUUUUUCUCGCUACCAUUACUGUCACGAAGCUAUUCAACUGGUUCAGUGCAAAUCCCAAAAGGAAUGCCAUCGAAGGAUGUGAAAAGCCAGAGUCCUCAGCUGCAGAGACACCAUUCAGUUUCAGAGGGCAAGUCAAAGUUACCCUCUUCAAGCUCUGCUGCAAAUUCACAUUCAAAGCUCCAAAAGCCUCAGAAGAAGAAUCAAGGAGGGUUAUAUGGCAACAAUCUUUAUGUAAACCCCAUUUUGAACGUACCACCUCCUUAUAUCACCAAAGAAACUUCAAAAAUCUUUGGCUUGAGUUCUCUUUUACGUGGCAGCAAACAAAAGAAGAACAGGAAGUAA